GCCAGUUGUCAUUCACUAACGUAGUUCCAUCGCUGGAAAAAAUUAUGCAAGCACCCUUCGUUAGGUGGUACCGUGAAAAAAAUCGUAAGUGGAACCAGAAUAAAAGGAGAUACUGACUGUACUACAAACGGUGCGCCAAUCAAUAAACACUUGCACUAGUACCAUCCAUGGACCGGAGUCUGCAAACACGCAACCCAUUAGGUGGUACCGCAUUAGUACGACGCGGGCUCUUGCGGUUUGCUUAAGUGCGCUACAUCACUGUGUACUAACGGUGAAAGUGAUAAAAGUGAAUUUAGUGUUAAGGAUUUUGAUAAACCGUAUUCACACAUUUAUCCAGUUAUCAGAUAUCAUCUAUGUUUAUUAUUUUUGUAAAGUUUAGAGACUGUUAUCUUUUUUUUAAACUUUAUUCGUACCAAAAAAAUAAUACUUAAAUCAAGCUCAGUAAGAAUUGACAAUACCCUCUUGUUGUCAGUGCUUCAUGAAUUUAAAAUCAUUAUGUCUACAGCCUACAGUUUCUAAUACUCUAUACAUGUAGAUAUCGAUUAGAUUUGCUCAGCUCUAAAAAACUUUAUCUUCAGAAAGGAUACUCUGCUUAUUCUUGACGUUAUAAUUUCGUAUUUUAUCUCAAAAUGAUCGUACAGGUACUUUCGCUCUGUCUCAGUUUUUUGGGAAUGCUUCAAGCUGCUGGACCAAGUUUCAAGAGUUCUUCGCUACACAACAAUCAAGUGGCUAACAACGAUUGUCCAAACUGCGUUGAUGAUACGCCUACUCCAAAUCGAUGGACGAUGCCAUUGUUGAAGCUCGGAGAGAAAAGAUAUUACCUGGGCAUAUUUUUCAAGGCGAACUAUUUUCGAGCUACGCAAUAUUGCCGGUUUCAUGGCAUGCACCUGGCCAGUAUCACGUCACAAGAAGAAAAUGACAAGUUAGAGAAAUAUAUCAAGGACUUUGGUUUCGGUCACGAACAUUUCUGGACCUCGGGCACCGACUUGGCUGAGGAAGGCCAUUUCUUUUGGAUGUCCACGGGACGUCCUAUAACCUUCACAAACUGGAACGCUGGAGAACCCAACAACUUCGAAUACGAGAAUGGAGAGCAAGAAAACUGCAUGGAACUCUGGAACCGAGAUGGAAAAGGAAUGAAGUGGAACGAUUCCCCUUGCUCCUUCGAGACGUAUUUUGUGUGUGAAGUGCAUUCAUCGUGAAGACUAAUGUGAAUGAAUUGUUACGGACCAGAAUUUUAGAGCUCCCGAACUUCAGCAGUCUUCUAAAUUUCGCCAUUGAUUAACAUAUUAUAGCUAAAGAUAACCAACCCAUAUGCUGUAUCACGGCGACCAAAAAAUUAUUUGAAAGACACUAGGGCUAUCUAUGAGACAAUGGUAUUACACAAAAAUGAAUUUAGAAAUCUACUUUGAAAAUAUUAAUUCUGAUACCAUCUCAUAGAUGGCGGUAGUGUCUUUCCGAUCUCCUUAUAGGCACCGGAAUAUAGAGUAGAGUUAGCUGUCUUCGGAUAGAUUAUGUUAAUCAAUGGUUUUACUUAUUAACUACUUGAUUUUGAUUGAGUGCAAGGUGUUCAAAAAGUAUGGACACAUCAAGAUCGUUUGCAGGUCAAUAAUUUUCUUAAAUGAAAACCCCGGAAAUGUAAAGAACGGGAAAUGUUACGUUCAAGUAAGUAUUUGCCCUUGACCUUGAUUAUGAUCUUCACGGGUCCCAACAGUAUAGAAAAGGCGAACUGUCUCGAAUCUAUUUCGUAAAGAAAAAUGUAGCAGAACAAAGUUGUAAGAUUUAGAAAAAAAAACAUGAAUCUUCAAAGUCAUAUUCAGGUCAAGACGGUUUUCUUAAAUGGAAAGCCCGCAGGGGCAUUACGUGGCAUUAUGUCGAUAUUUUUUGACAUCAUAUAGGUUUUUUUACAUUAUGUAGGUUUUUCUACAACAUAUCAACUUGGAACCAGCUGUUGUCCACUUGAUGUGCACUCGUUUUGUAGCUCUUCGUGUUGCCUAAAUGUCAUGACGCUUCAGCUAUCAAUGUUUGGUUCUGAUGUGAUGUAACACCUGCUUCAGAGAUGGCAUUAUUGGAGGACUAGGCUGUAGUUUGUAUACUAUAGCUGGAAGGAAACAGCGGUGCAUAGGUGCAUAGUGAGGAUGUCUGUGCUAAUAAUAUGUGUUGAUGAAAACUCCAUUGGUUUCUUGUCUCACUUACUUACACUUACCUGAGCUGUAUGCAAAGCUAGAAAUUGCGCAUCCACUUUUUCUUAUUCAUCCCUGGUUCGCGAAGUAUACUACAACUAUGUGAGAAAAUAUGCUACAAACAGGAAUAUUUAUGAAACGUGAAAAAGAUAUUAAAUUUCACAUUAUUUUUUUAUUUCGUAGAAAUUUAUUCUGUGAUGUCAAGUAGAAAAUGCAAAUCAGCGAUUAGAUGUGUGGCACUGUGAAAAUGUUUUGUAUCUGAUGCGUCAUUCCUAAUUUUUCUGUGAAGUGGCUCAAUUACACACAACGCGGUGAUGAUUUCCCGUAAUGCUUCUCAAAUUUUUUGAAAACGCAAAAACCGGAAUUUAUAACUUUGAACAUAACCUCUCUUCAGAAAGGGAAACACAAAUAACCCGUCUGGUUUAGCUAAUAUUUCAUGGGCAGCCUAUUCAGUAAUAAUUUUCCCACAUAGCUAGCUCACUGAUUUUAUAGACAUGCAGACCAUUAGACACAAUCAUCCAGAUGCAAUCUUACUACUCAUCCAAUUUUCUUUCUGUCACAUCUUGUCAGAUAUAUAGAUACUCUCGACAUUCUGCAACCAACAAAGCCUGCUGAGAAACUGGAUGCAGCAUGGUCAUUAAGCGUGUCGUUGAGCGAGUCCUCCAUAGAUGGCGCUUUUGGUGACGCUCACAGCGCUCAUAGCGAGCAAAUAUGGAACGAACUAUUUGCACACUGGAACUAUCUAGUCAGCAAGUUGCUAUUUUGUCGGACGUUAUAUAGGUUUUAUACGAAAUAGCCCUGCCUAUCUUUGAUAGCGGAAAUGCAAAGAUCAGAAAACAUUAAGUUACAGCGUCCAUGACCCUAACUAUGAUCAUCAUGGUCGCUUUAAGAUUAAAUGAAUUUUUACAUUUAUUUUUAAUUACUGAACUGCAAAUUGCGGAUAGUUUUACGUUUUAGUAUAGAUGAAAACAAAUGUCCUUCAAGACAAUUUGGUGGUGAUCAAGGUCACCAUUAGAUGAUGCUAUUUGAACCUUGCAACUUUGCUCUGCAACAUUUUUCCUCUAUGUAGCAUAUUUUUCCAAAUACCUGUUUCUCUUCAUAUCUUUCGGACGCUCUAAGCUGACCUUAAAUGAACAAGAAUUCACUUGAACGUCGAAUACAUUUCUAGUGUCAAAAAUAGGAAUUUCCAUUUAAGAAAAUGGCCUUUUCCUUCACAUGACCUCGAAGAUUAUACUAAAGGUCACGUCACCAUUAAAUCGUCCUUUUCAUACUUGCAACUUUGUUCUACGACAUUUCUCUUGCAGAAAAUUCCUCAUAUUUUUGUUGAAUGUUUCGUCGAUAGCAAACACUAUAAUAUAUUCCCAUGUUACAAAAAGCUCAUGAUGAUUUAUUUCUAUUAACUUGUGGGCCGAACAUCGUUUAGCUAAUAUAGUAUUGUCAAGUAGGUAUUGCUACAAGUUCCAAGCAGAUAAUGUGUCGAUACAUUUUUUCUGCGGACUUCAGAUUGUUUUUCAUUUUAUCCGAUUCGUUGAUUAGUGCUAAGUUUUUAUACCAAAGGAUGUUGUGAAGAAGUGUAUGAUCCUUGAUAAUAAAGGCAGUGCAAAGUGCAGCCAACUUUAUUAGCUGUUUAAUAUAGGUUUUUAUGCAUCUCUUGUAAUAAAAUGACAAUAUGAGGGUUUAUCACAAGGCUCUGUCUCUAACCUCCUUGCAACAAAUCUAUAUUCGCUUUACAUUUUUCUACGUAAUAUGUGAUAACAUCAGUGCACUUGUUUAAUCGGUGUGCAUUGAUCACCACAGGAAGUUUUUUCUCCUCAAUGUUCUUUUAGUCUUGGAAAUAUAUAUAUAUAUAUAUAUAUUUAUAUGCCUGAAAUCACUGGGGGCCGGGUCUGGCGAAUAGGUGGCUAAUCUACCAAUUAGAAGAGUAUGACAACUACAGCAAUGCAUUCGCAUAGACUAAGGUCGCUUGUUUCACUCUUAACAGCAUUCAUCGAAGAAGCAUCUAUCUCUGUCAGGGGCGGAGCAAAGAGAUCAAUCCUCGUAGAAUGACAGUGUUGCCAUUGGUCUUUGUAAAUAUAAAUAUUAGAGUUCAGGUUGUUUUAAUACGUACGAUAAGAAUAAUGUUUAACAGAAAGCCGAUCUAAAGUUCUUCCAUGUACUGAAACACGUCUGUUUCUACAAUAAUUUAGUUAACAUAAGGAUUACAUUUGUGAUAACAAUUAAAGUCAAUACAAAAUAAUGGUUGCAUUUUUUUAUUAGUUUCGUCUUUUACCUAAUCUUCCAGUCCACCUAGAUAUUCAAGAGCGUACUCAGGAUUAUAUGUAGGGGGCUGCCUAUAUCUUAACAGGAGAACAAUUUAUAUCUUGGGCGGGAUACAUACCUUUACUGGAACAAAACGCCACAUGUGUGAGUUUGGAGAGAAGCCAUCAGUCUCUAAGAUGGAGAGCAGCCACCCCUACUACUGAUGAGCUUAGGCAAGUUCAGUAAAGUGUUGCAGAUGUUGUUUUGGCUAUUUCCCUGUGUGCAGCGAGGAGGUUCCAGGUCCUACCGAUUACUGAGGAAAAGAGGCUACCAUCUUCCUGCAGUUUCCAGUUUAAGAAGAUGGGCAAGUAAAAUACUGAUUCGACCAGGUGUUUCUGAUCGUUUAUUUAAUUCAUUCAAAAUUGAUUUAUUCAAUUCAUUCAGAAUUGAAUCUACAAUUUAAGUACCUAUAGGUUGAGAAAUUACCUUAUGGGGCAAAAUGAGAAUGUAUCAGCAAAUACUUCUGGAAUAAGGAAUGCUAUGCUCAAAAUAUUGCUAUUGCAAUCAUAAAUGCUAUUUCGCACCUAGAUGUAUUCGAAAAUGUUGUUGAUGAGUUUCAAAUUAUUACUGGAAAAAACAAUACAAUUUUGAUCUUUACAAAGAACGUAUUAAGAUAACAAAGGAUUAGGUAACCAGGAAGCAAAUUGACCUUGAUUUGAAACUUUCAUAUUUUGUAUUGAUGUUUUGUUAAUUUAAAUGAUUUAAAUUUUUUAUAUUAAAUAUAUUUGUUUGAUAUGAGCACAAUAAACCUGUUAAGUCACCUAGGUGCUUCUAUAACUUAGCUAGCCUAGGUUUGAAUUUUAAGCUAGAUCUACAUUAUUGUGAUAUUUAUUACAGAAUGUAAGUUCUGUUUAUUUCUUUUGUAUACAA